AGGUGGGAGAGAAACUGACCAAGAUUCAGAGAGCCUGAUGUAAAGGGUUUGAGUUUAUGAAUGGUUAUAAUUUCAGGGCAAUGAUUUGUGACCCCAAAUCAUUCAUGACACUAGAAACCGUCCCCCUUCCCACCACUCUCAAUUUAAAAGGUUCAAAUGAUAAAUUUUCAUAAAACAGUUGCUUACUGUUUAUAAAAAUGAAAGGCAAUCAAAUAUAUAUCUAUAUAUACUCUUUCCAUCUACUUUCCAUCCAAUACUGCAGUAAUAAAAUUUAUCAAGAUAAAAAAAUAGGUGGUAUAAAAUAAUGUAAAAUGAUAAACUGUCUGUUCUCAAAAAGCUUGAAAAUUAUUUGGGUGACCAACAAGCUAAUUCUUCUGUAGCAUUUGAAAAAUCUCGUAAUGGUUUGGCCAAAACAAAACAUAGAACCAAAACAGAAAUUGAUGUAUGCUGCCUUGUUUAGACUGCUCAAUAACCUACUUGCCUUUACAUGUGUAGUUCCUUUAGCCCUGAAUGUCUUACUGAAAAAUGUCUGCUAAGCUUUGAAGUUUUCUCCACUGUGAACACUUUGUGUGUGCUUACCUUUUGGCAGGCUCUGUGCCGAGCACUUUUAACACAUCAUCUUAUCAGAUUUCUAUGGCAAAUUAGAAGGCAGGUUUUUCUUUUCAGUUGAGGAAACAAAAUUUAGGAAGGUUAAGUGACACGUCCAAUGUCACAGAGCUAAUAAGUACGGGAACAGAAAUUACCCAGUCAGUCUGAUUUCUGACUUUUAAUCAGGAAGGUCAAAGUUAGUGGAACAAAAUUCAGUCCUAGAGCUGAAAACAGAUGGGGAGUGUAGAUCAACCUCCCCAGGAGGGGUUUUCCCUCCCCGGUUUGGUUUUCCACCUGGCUGUGGAUAUAGUUUAGUAGAAAUCUACCUGUGUAUUUGUCUAAUCAGACUAUGAAUGACAAGACUUUCAAUUACUAAUAGUAUGUUCCUAGCACCCAUCUCAGCGCGUUGCACAUAAUAAAUGCUUAAUAAGUGUUUGUUAAAAAAAUAAAUGUGUAUCUCCUUUCCACUCAGUCUACUGCUGACAAAUCUCAGAUUGUUGUAGAGUUAGGUCCAUGCGUGGGUAAUCUUUCUUUUGUGAAUUUUUUUCUGGGAGAGCAGAACUGGGGAAGAGAAAAAAAAAAUCUGUGCUUUUGUAUCCAAUUGCCUUUGAGGAGCUGGGAAGAGAGCAAUUCACACCUGAUUAUCUUACCUCAGAUAAAUUAGCAGCACCUGAAUUGCUGGGCAGUCAGGCGCUAGAGCUCUGCAGCCCCACUAGCCAGCUUCACCUCAGCUCAGGGGCCAUGCUUCCUUCGCUGCCAGGCUUGGCUCUAGGCCUCCUGUUAAUCCUGGCCUUGGGCCAGACAUUCCAAUUCCAAGAACGUGUCUUUCUCCAGUCUCUGGGCUUAGACAAAGAGCCUUCACCCAAGAAGUUCCAACCUGUGCCUUCCAUCCUGAAGAGAAUUUUCCAGGAUCAAGAGGCAGCAGCAACCACUGGCGUCUCUCAAGACUUGUGCUACGUGAAGGAGCUGGGUGUCAGUGGGAACAUACUCCGACUUCUCCCAGAUCAAGGUUUCUUUCUUUACUCCGAGAGCCUUUCCCAAGCCUCCUCCCGCCUACAGAAGCUCCUCUCCUUUAACCUGUCUGCGAUUAAAGAUGGGGAACAGUUAACAAUGGCCCAGCUGGGCCUGGACUUGGGGCCCAACACUUACUAUAACCUGGGGCCAGAACUGGGAUUGGCUCUGUCCCUGGUUCAGGGGCCACACGGGCGGGGCCGGGCCACCCCAAAGACAGGUAAAAUGUUUACACUGCAGUCAGUACCAUGGCCUCAAGGUGUCCUUCACUUCAAUCUGUUGGAUGUGGCUAAGAGGAAUAAUUACCCCCGGAAGAACUUAGGUUUGUUCCUAGAGAUACUGGUCAAAGGAGGCAGAGCCUGUGGGGUGAAUUUUCAGCUUGAGGACACCUGCGCCAGACUGAGACGUUCUCUUCACGCUUCCCUGUUGGUGGUCACCCUCAACCCUGAGCAGUGCCACCCUCCUACCCGCAAAAGGAGAGCAGCCAUCCCUGCCUCUAAGGCUUCUUGCAAGAACCUCUGCCAUCGUCACCAGCUGUUCAUCAACUUCCGGGACCUGGGCUGGCACAAGUGGAUCAUUGCCCCCAAGGGUUUCAUGGCAAAUUACUGCCACGGAGAUUGUCCUUUCUCACUGACCACCUCCCUCAACAGCUCCAAUUAUGCUUUCAUGCAAGCGCUGAUGCACGCCAUUGACCCAGCAGUUCCCCAGGCUGUCUGCAUUCCCACCAAGCUGUCCCCCAUCUCCAUGCUCUAUCAGGACAACGAUGACAAUGUCAUUCUACGGCAUUACGAAAACAUGGUAGUUGAUGAGUGCGGGUGUGGCUAGACUCUCAGCAAUAGAACAGAAGGGGUGUUCUUGGGGUAAAUGUUCGAAUAAAACUAUCUGGCU